UGAUUAGUUGGCAGAGAAGGUCGUUCGAGCUGUGACAGCGAUUACUGCGCCUUGUGUCACUCCAUUGCCUGCUGUUGCGAAAUAUUCCAAACAUUAUCUUGCAUACCUCCCGCCGGCGGAAGGAGACCGUCUGGAUUCCGAUCCGAAUUUUUAGUAUGGCCCAAGCAGACGACGCGUCUUGCCCUGCGGAGAGUAAAGGUUCGAGUCUAGAGCAAGCGAAGAAAAACUUCGAGUUCUUCUGGCGCAAAGAUUCUCCUUUCAGUCAGUGGCACAAAGCAAAAUUUUCAGUGGACGGGCAGUUGUAUAACUGUGCAGAGCAGUUCAUGAUGCAUCAAAAAGCAGUUUUAUUCGGGGACCACGCUGUAGCCGAGAAAAUACUGACAAGCAAGGAUCCAAGAGCUCAAAAAUCUUUGGGGCGAAAAGUGAAGAACUUCGACGAAGCAGCUUGGACAGGGGAGUGUUUCAACAUCGUGAAAAGAGGAAACAGAGCAAAGUUCUCACAAAAUGACUCCCUGAAGUCCAUUUUGUUCGCCACUCACCCACGGACUUUGGUUGAGGCCAGUCCAGUCGACACGAUCUGGGGAAUAGGUUUGUCGGAGGACAACCCACUUGCAUGGGACCGGUCGACAUGGCAAGGGAAAAACCUGUUGGGCCUCGCGCUCACCGAGGUGAGAGACGAACUGAUGGGAGAGGAACAGCUUCAAGUAUGACAGUGAAGAUAAAUCCGAUGCGUUCACUCAUAACACGCUCUGGUCUCAAGAUGGAUGACGAUGAUGCUGAGGGACGCCGGGAGACUCGAGUGAGGGGUUAUCAGAGAAAAGAGACAUAAUUAUAGAAAAGCUCAUGAAAUUUUUUAUAUACAAAGUACGUCUUCAAAGGUAAUUAUUUUGCGAAAGGUUUCAGUAAAGUUCUAUAAAAUGGCAUGAUAAAUAAAAAAACUGUUGUAAAUUGUUUAUUUUAAUUUAUAAUUUUUUUAUCUUUAUUAAGAUGCAUCCUGAAGAAACGUUUAGCUUACAAAUAAAUCACACUGGAAAAAGA